AUGUUAUUAACUAGCGAAAAUAUUGAAUUCUACACUUAAAGAAGAAAAUAGUAUUCUUAAGAUUUCCUUAAGUUGACCAAUCAAUUUAAACCUAAACUAGAGCAAUUACAAAGGCGUUUAAUAGCAUAAAAGCAGAUUGUAGAUGGUCCAAUUAAAAUUUUGAAUACAUUCUAAAAAGGGAAAAAGUUCAGUAGAGUUUUAUUAUCCCUUUCUAAGUCUAAAGAAGUUUAAAAUAAAAUUGAUUAAGAAAUGAACAGAUGCUCUUAUUAAUAUGAACUUGACGAGUCCUUAAAUUGUAAAUUCAAUUAUUCGUAAACAUGUAAAAAGAUUCAAUAGUCUAUGAUUCCUUUGAUUGAGAACAUUAAACUUCAAAUCAAAGAAAAGAACUAGGAAUUAUCAAUCAAUGAGCAGAAUUCAAAUUAAUAUAUGCAGAGAGAAGAAUUGGAAAAAAUAAAAAUGAAAUCAAAUCUAUACUCGAAAAUUAUUGAAAAGCUUUAAACAAUGGAGAUUAAGAAAUAAUAAUAGGAAAUUAAUUAAAAAUAGAGUUUCAAAAAUUUGGAUAGGUUUGAUAAAAUCGAUGAAAAUGAAGAGAUUCUAGGAUAUUCGGAAAAACCAAUUACAUCAAGAAGAACUCUAUGCUCAUCAAUACAAAAUGAUGAAGAUAAAAAAAUGUAAUAGAAUCAAAGCAGUUCUUAAAAUAGGAAAGAAAUUUAAAAAAAUCCAAAAUUCUAGGAUCUUGAUCAAAUAAUUAGAAAACAUUAUAAGAAAAUGGGUUUAUUAAAUAGAAGAUAAGAAAGUAUGAUGGAAUUUAAAAAUUAUUUAACUGAUAAAAGAUCAUCAACUCAAUAGGACAUUAAUCUUUAAAGUGAUUUAAGACUUUAGUAUUCUUAAAACAAGUUUAAAUCAAACAAAAGAUUCUCUGUUACAAUUCUCUCUACAUAAAUAAACUCUUCAAAUAUAACUCCAAUUUUUGAUGAACAAGUAGGCAUAGUUACUUGUAAUGCUGCAAAAACAAAAACGAAUAGUAGUCUCGAUCCAAAAGCAUUUCAAACAUAUAAAAAGAGUUCUAAUAAGUAAUAAGAUUUUUAAGAAAGAGUUUAGAAAAAUAAAAUUUUCCAAAAUAAAGCAGAUGCUUGA